AUGUCCAUGUCUCGCUUUGCCUGGUCCUCCACUCUGUGGCCCUCCUCAGCUGUCAGUCUGCUAUUUUUCAGUGUUUUGGGCGGACAGCUGGGGCUAGAGGUGGUUAAGGCGGCAUUGUGCUCCCACUGGGGUGCAGCAAGCGAGAAAAGCCUCUCCCAGGAUGGUGAUGUGAUUAUUGGAGGACUUUUUAACCUUUAUCACAUACCUUCAGCUGUCGAGCAGGGCUUCACCGAACAACCGCAUUAUGAGCCUUGCACAGGGUAAAAAUCGAUCACUAUGACUGCUUUGAAAUGAAUUACUGCAAGGUCAUUGGGUCAAAUUAUUUUAUUUUUCAAUCUAUUUUGGGUCUUUUUUUUUCUCAAAUUGUUUAACCAGAAAGUAAUUUAAUGUUUCUAAUGACUACAUAGAAUUAUCAUAGGUCCACAAGAAACAUAGUUAUGGUUUUACAUGUUUGUGCUCCAUGACCUUAUCAUGAUGUACUUUUUCUCUCUCCUUUUUCUGCGGUUUUAGUUUAGAACUAGAGCCAUUAAAAUACUCCUACGCCAUGGUGUUUGCAGUGGAGGAAAUCAAUCGUAACAAAGCCCUGCUACCAGGAGUGAAACUGGGUUACCGUAUCCUUGAUACUUGUCUCCUAUACCCCUGGGCACUGCAGGGUGCAAUGUCACUUGUAGGGGGAGACUCACAGAGCUGUAAUCUGACAGCUCUGACAGCGAGAUCAGGUACAUGAUUUGAUUAAGUAUGCUGCCGCAUGUAAUAUGCAUUGUCCAUUUUAAAUAUGCGUGAAAGGGCUUCUCGAGUAAUCAUAUGCCAAAUACUACCAGGAGGUGGUAAGCCUGUUCCUCUGCUCAUUGCUGCUGCAUCAUCUACAACAGGCAUAAUCAUGUCCAGCACCCUGGGGCCUCUGUCUGUGCCAAUUGUGAGUCUCAUCGCCUCGUAAAUAAAUCCCUCUAUAAGUCUGUGAUCUGAUCAGUCAAUACGAAACAGUAGAUUAAGGAUUAAAAUGGUGUUAUUCAUGUAACGGUUGAGUUAUUAUGAUAAUUUCAUGACUUUAUUUUAGAUCAGCUACUUGGCGAGCUGUCCCUGUCUCAGUGACAGAAGGAAAUACCCAAAUUUCUUCAGAACAAUACCAAGUGAUGUUUACCAAGCUUGGGCUAUGGCACAGCUGGUCUUACGUUUCCGGUGGACCUGGAUCGGAGCCGUGAUAUCAAACAAUGAUUAUGGUCAUCUGGCAAUACAGGUGUAUGUUUUUGUUAUAGUAGUGCAUGGCCUAAAACACUCAGUAUAAAUCAUAUUUUACAAACACAAAUGAAAACUGUGUUUGACUUCUACGUUUCAGGUGUUUCAGAAAGAGAUCGAGGGGAAAGAAGUGUGUUUGGACUUCAUCGAGACCCUCAAGACAGAAACUAUUCGGACCGAUGCCGAACGUGCAGCGCUCACGAUUCAAGCUUCAACUGCAAGAGUGAUUGUGAUCUUUUGCUGGUACAUUGAAGUGAGGAAACUACUUCAGGAGCUGGCCAAGAGAAAUGUGAGCAGAUGGCAAGAUAACGUCAGUAAAAUUAAGUGUUUUCAUACUGAACAAAGAUAUGUAUUUUCAAAAAAACAAAAUGUCAUUCAUAGGUGACUGACAGGCAGUUUCUGGCUAGUGAAGCAUGGAGCACCAGUAAUGACAUUAUGCAAGAUGAAACCAUCUCCAAAGUUGCAGGUGGUGUUCUUGGUGUGGCAAUUUGGAGUUCAGCUAUUCCCGGAUUUGAAAGUUAUCUAAAGAGUUUGCACCCAAUGCGUCACCCUGAAGAUGUUUUCUUGAGGGAAUUUUGGCAAAAACAGUUUGGAUGUAAUCCUCUUUCCGCUGAUUCCUCUUCUCCUUUUAAGACAAAGUCUGUCCGUCCAUCAAAUGUUACCAAAUCUGCUCCUAACAAGCCUCCUUGGAAAAGUUCUCUGCCACCCUGCAGCGGCACAGAGUCCCUGGAGAGGGUGCAGAAUCACUUUACUGACACUUCCCAGCUAAGGGUGGCGUAUAAUGUCUACCUUGCUGUUUACGCUGCUGCCCACGCCCUCCACAGCCUCCUCUCAUGCCCUGAGAGAGACAGGCCAAGCAGAAAGUACACCCUCACCUGCAUCUCUUCUGGAGACAUCAAACCCAAAGAGGUAAACAUGAUUAUCAACUUUGUUUCUUCCACAGGAGUUGAUGACAAUGCAAUCUCUUAACUGUGCAACCUACAGAUUAAAGUAAAAUGAAAUUAUGCUUUCAGCUUUUGCAGCAUUUAAACAAAGUGAAUGUCACCACACCACAAGGGGAAAGCUUUUACUUCCAGGGUGCCGACAUCCCAGCAAAGUACGAUCUUGUCAACUGGCAGAAACCCCCGGAGGGAUCACUCAGGCUUGUCUUGGUUGGCCAUGUAGACGGCUUUAACCUUCACCUGAAUGAGUCAACUAUUCAGUGGAACACAGGAUCCAGUCAGGUUUUCACAUCAACAAGUUGACUCUUUCACUGCUUGCAUAUUAACACAAUUGCUUAAAAUGAGUAUAUCUAUGAAGGCUUAAUGAUUCAUUCAACAGGUACCUGUGUCAGUGUGCAGUGAGAGCUGUCCACCUGGUACCAGAAAGGCCAACAGGAAAGGAGAGCCUCUCUGCUGCUUUGACUGUUUUCCAUGUGCUGAAGGAGAGAUAAGCAAUAAAACUGGUGAGGAGAUCUGUACAAUUAGAUUACAGAGGCUUAUGUUACAAACCCUCCAUGGCUCCUUUAUUCUUCAUAAGCUUUUGUCUUGAUCAGGUUCACCUCAUUGUGAGCGAUGCCCACCUGAGUUCUGGUCCAACCCUGAACGAACUGCCUGCAUCCCUCGUCAGCUGGACUUCCUUUCCUUUAAUGAAACUUUGGGCAUCACUCUGACUACAGCAGCUGUUUCUGGUUUUGUGGUGACUUCAGCUGUGUUUGUGGUCUUCCUUUACUACCGUCACACACCUGUGGUAAGAAUCCUGUAUAAUGUCAUAAAAAAAACUCUGUAUAUAUAAAUUCUGAAAUUUUUCUACAUUCUUCCUUCUAUUUUUAGGUGCGAGCCAACAAUUCAGAGCUGAGCUUCCUGCUCCUUCUGUCUCUGAAGCUCUGCUUCUUGUGCUCUCUGGUGUUCAUUGGUCGUCCAUCAGUCUGGUCCUGUCGCUUCCAGCAGGCGGCCUUUGGGAUCAGCUUUGUACUCUGUGUUUCCUGCCUUCUUGUCAAAACUCUUGUAGUUCUGGCAGCUUUCCGCUCAGCUCGGCCUGGUGCUGAAGGCUUGAUGAAGUGGUUUGGUCCGGGUCAACAGAGAGGAAGUGUCUUCAUCUUUACCUGUAUACAGGUGAUGACCUUCAUUAAGCAAAACAUUAUGUCAUUGGAUACAGAACAAUCAUUAAAUUACUGUCACCUUUCACGCAGGUUAUUAUCUGCACCACAUGGCUGUCCUUAAGUCCACCAGAGCCUCGACGUGAUCUGGGUUUCCAAGGUUCAAAGGUGACCCUUGAGUGUGCCAUGGCUUCUGUGGUGGGCUUCUCUCUGGUUCUGGGCUACAUCGGUCUGCUGGCCUGCACUUGCCUCCUCUUGGCCUUUCUGGCUCGAAAACUACCGGACAACUUCAACGAGGCCAAACUGAUCACCUUCAGCAUGUUGAUCUUCUGCGCUGUCUGGGUGGCUUUUGUUCCUGCUUACGUCAGCUCUCCUGGAAAAUAUGUUGUUGCCGUGGAAAUCUUUGCGAUCCUGGCCUCUAGCUAUGGUCUACUGCUCUGCAUCUUUGCCCCUAAAUGUUUCAUUAUUCUUUUGAGGCCUGAGAUCAACACUAAGAAACAUAUAAUGGGAAGAUAG